GAGGGGUUAAAACAGCAUGCAGGUAGGACGCAUGAUCAGAGAACCGAUCUGCUCUGUUACUGUUUGCACUUGGACAAUGAAGCACACACUGCUGUUGUGGGCCCUUAUCCUAAAUGCCUCGCUCAAGCCCUCAGAGAGCCACGGUCCUGCAACUGAUGAGGUGAAGGACUAUGAGGUGGUUCGACCUUUCAGACUUCACACAGUCAGAAAAAGACAUGCAGAGCACCUCAGGCCACAGACUAUUAAGUAUGCAAUGACGGUGGGAGGAAAAGACAUUGAAAUGCAUCUAGAAAAAAACAAUGAAUUACUCACCAAAGACUACACUGAGACCUACUACAAAGAAGAUGGAACUCAAGUGACCACAACGCCAGAUGACAUUGAUCACUGCUACUAUCAUGGCAGGAUUGUGAAUGACAAUGAAUCAUCAGUUAGCAUCAGUGCUUGUGAUGGACUCAGGGGUUAUUUCAGAACAGCUGAGCAAAGGUACCUGAUUGAGCCACUGUCUGGUGAUGAUGAGGGGGACCAUUUAGUGAUGAAGUACAGUAACCAGAAUUCCACACCUGCAGUAUGUGGUGUCACCAACACCUCCUGGAGCUUGGACUUUGAACCCCCAACAAGCCUCAGUCGCUCCAGAUCGGGGGGUAUAUCUAUUGUCUACGAACCGAAAUACCUCGAGCUCUUCCUUGUUGUUGAUAACCGUGCGUAUAAGAAUAUGAAGCAAGAUAUGACAGCUGUGAGAAAAAGGAUGUACGAAAUUGUCAACUUUGUCAACAUGGUUUACAAGCCCCUGAGGACUUUCAUUGCUCUGGUGGGACUGGAGAUCUGGUCCAAUAGUGACUUGAUCUCUAUAACCCCCCCAGCCGGGGCCAACCUUGGUGCUUUUAUGAACUGGAGGAACACUGAGCUGGUCAAGACGAAAAAGCAUGACAAUGCACAUCUCAUCAGUGGUAUUGACUUUGAAGGAGCAACUGUGGGACUGGCCUAUAUUGGGUCUUUGUGCUCUGGUCAUUCUGUUGGGGUAGUACAGGAUCACACUGACCAGGCCAUUGCAGUGGGAGCGACACUGGCCCAUGAGAUGGGCCAUAACCUGGGUAUGAACCAUGAUGACUCCAGUGGCUGUAUUUGUUCUGGAGAUAGCUGCAUCAUGGCUGCAGCCCUCAGCCGGAAAACCCCCCUAACUUUUAGUAGCUGCAGCAGCAGCAACUACGAGAGAUACCUGACAGAUGGCUCCCCCAGCUGCCUGCUGGACAAACCAGACUACAGGAGUCUGGUGGCUCCUUCAGUCUGUGGGAAUGGUUUUGUGGAGAAAGGAGAGCAGUGCGACUGUGGAACUCUAGAGGAGUGCACCAAUCCGCGCUGCAAUGCCACCACCUGCACCCUGAAGGAGGGUUCACAGUGCGCUGAAGGCGAGUGCUGUGAGAACGGUAAGGUUUUACCUCGAUCCAGGGAGUGCCGGAGUAAGCAGCAUGACUGUGAUCUGGCAGAGUACUGUGAUGGGAAAAGGAACACCUGUCCUGAGGAUGUCUUUGCUGUGAAUGGCCUCCCGUGUGAGGGAGGUCUGGGAUACUGCUACAACGGCCAGUGUCCGCAGAGGUCUAACCAGUGCGUCAAGAUGUAUGGAGAGACUGCUAUAGAGGCCCGUGCUUUCUGCUACAAACACAACAGAAAAGGAACAAACUUUGGCUACUGCCGACGUCUCUCAAAUAAUCAGUUUGUCGCCUGCCAGCCACAAGAUUAUACGUGUGGGAAGCUCUUCUGCCACAAAGGCAAAAGUGACCCAAACUAUGGGAACAUGGUCAGGACAGGUGACUGCAAGGCAGCUUUCUUUUCAGACAAAGCCAGCGACUAUGGCCAGGUGGACACUGGGACUAAAUGUGGGGAUGAAAUGGUGUGUAACGAGAAUGAGUGUGUGAAUCUGGUGGUAGCUUACAGAAAUACAAACUGCUCAGCGAAAUGCUCCGGCCGUGCUGUUUGCAAUCACAUGAAUAAGUGUCAGUGUGAGCCUGGUUGGAUGCCUCCUAACUGCAAUUCACAGGAUGAAGCUUUCAGUUCUCGUUCUCCUGGAGCAGCCGCUGCCAUCGCAGUGACAGUUAUAGUGCUCCUGUUUGUCAUUGCUGGUGUUGCAUGGUUCUUCUACAAAAAACAACAGAGUCCCUCGUUGCCAACUGUGCACACCCAAAGGAAGCCGCCAGCAGUAUCAGCAACAAACAGUGCUUAUCAACCUAACAAAAGGGUAGUUCCCAUCCAACCCAUGCCAGCCUCACAGGCUCAAAGGCCAAAACCCAAAGGACCUCCACCUCCACCACCUCCAGCAGGGAACAGACCGAAACCCCCAGGCCAGAACUUCACGGCUGCUCGUAAGGGUCUGAGACCAGUACCUCCACCAAAGCUCAAUGUCUGAAACAGUACUAGCUCAUGCUCGGCUUUGGGACACUGGCAACCAAAGAAGAAGAGUCCUGUUUUUUUUUUGUUUUUUUUAAGGGAUCCUGUCGUGACUGUUUCCUGUGCAAUCUGAAUCACCAGGAGUUUGAUGUGCAGACUGCAGCAGGGACAAAACCGGGUUCUAAGUGUUACUGCAAGCCAUGCACUGAGGACUUUUUAUUACAGGGAUGAACUUUAUGUUUUUUCAGGCACUCUGAAACUCUGAUACUUUAGGGUUAGGGGUGCAACGAGAAACAACCUAAAGAUGAGCCAUAUAACUGUAUAUACUUAGUCUUUUAUUUUGUUACAGAAAUCCAGGAUAUAAUAUUACAUAAUAUAUAACAGUAUUGAGUGCCUGAAAUAGUAUUAUUUUAUUUAUAGUAUAUAUUUUAUGGAGUUUGUUUUAACCAAAAGAAAUAUUUCUGCUUUGAAGAGCUUCAAUCUCAUGGUCUAACAUUUCUAUUGCUGCAGUGCAUUGUAAUCAUCCCCUGUCAUCAGUGUAUGAAUGUGUGUAAAUGGGUGAAUGAGACUUAGUGUAAAAGCGCUUUGAGUGGUCAUAACAACUAGGAAAAGCGCUAUAUAAGUACAGUCCAUUUACUAUUUACCAUAUGUGAACAUGUACAUACUGUUAUUUGUAAAUCCUCUUGUGAGCACAAUGUUCAGAUAGUGAGCAAAAAUGUUUUCUGUGUUGCAUGGCUGAAAGCACAUGAAGCAUUAGUUUAGCCAAUAUGUAAAAAAAAACAAAAGGCAGCUAUGUUUUUGUCUUGUCUUAAAGGAGGCCAUAAUCUGAGUGGUAGUAACCUUCAUGUUAAAAGGCCUGUGACUGAAUAGCUUCAACUUUGAGUCCCCAACUGUCAUACAUACAAACACUGCACAAAAAUGUCACCAUCUUAUUGCUGUAUUUGGGAAAAACCCCACACUUUUUUUUCACCCCUUUUUUAUAGAGCUUAAGAUUCUUGAUGAACAAUAUUUUUUACAUUCUGAGAGAUAUGUAUCAGACCUAACAGGAGGUCGGUAUACUGUAUGGCUCACCCGAUAAAGCCUCACAUUGAAAAAUAACUUUUAAAACGACAUGAUGAAUGUAAACUGAAAUACUUGGGAAGCUUUCCCCGAAAGUCUACUGAACAUACCUGCAAACAGCGAUAUUUGGGAAACUGUAGAGAUAUUAAGAUGAAUAUUAAAGACUUAUAUG